AUGAAUCCCGGUGGCAAUGUCAAGGUCGUCGUCAGAGUCAGGGCGUUUCUUCCCCGCGGUAAGGAGACUAUGACCUCUCAGUCAGUUACUGCUAAUCACUGUACGGUAGAAAUCGACCGAGGCGCAAGAUGUCUGAUUGAGAUGAACCCUCGCACGCAGUCGACGAAGCUGCUGGUUCCGCCUUCGUCCGACCCUGCAAACGCAAGAGCACAGACGAGAAAAGUAGUCGAGGAGAAGUUGUUCACGUUUGACAAUUCUUUCUGGUCGCACAAUACACGGGACGAACACUAUGCCACACAAGAGGACGUCUACAAUUGCUUGGGAGAGGAGUUUCUGGACCACAACUUUGAAGGUUACCACACGUGCAUCUUUGCAUACGGCCAGACGGGUUCGGGCAAGAGUUAUACCAUGAUGGGCACCCCGGAGCAGCCCGGGUUGAUCCCACGAACCUGCGAGGAUUUGUUCCAACGCAUCGAGUCCAACGAGAGCGCCAACAUCAGCUACAGUGUUCGAGUGUCAUACUUUGAAGUCUACAACGAACAUGUGCGAGAUCUGUUCCAGCCCCGGACCGAACCGCCGCAGUACCUCAAAAUCCGCGAAUCUCCUACCGAAGGGCCUUAUGUCAAGGACUUGACGGAAAUCCAGGUCAAGAAUUACGGCGAGAUCCUCAAGUACAUGCGCAUGGGCGACAGCUCCCGGACCACGGCUUCAACUAAAAUGAAUGACACGUCUUCCCGGUCACAUGCCGUCUUCACCAUCAUGCUCAAACAAAUCCACCACGACUACCGAACAGACGAGACCACCGAAAGAUUGGCUCGAAUCAGACUGGUGGAUUUGGCCGGAUCAGAGCGUGCCAAAGCCACCGAGGCCACAGGGCAGAGGCUUCGAGAAGGUGGAAACAUCAACAAGUCACUGACCACCCUAGGCAGAGUGAUUGCGGCGCUCGCCGAUCCCAAACAUGGUCGAACACAGCACGCAAAACGGGGCAAUCGCGACAUUGUGCCGUACCGUGACUCGAUUCUGACGUGGUUGCUGAAGGAUUCGCUGGGAGGAAAUUCGAAGACUGCCAUGAUUGCUUGCAUAGCCCCGUCAGACUACGACGAGACCUUGUCGACCCUCCGAUAUGCUGAUCAGGCCAAACAUAUCCGCACCAAGGCUAUCAUCAACCAAGACCAUGUCUCGUCGGCUGAGAAAGACGCCCAGAUCAACGAAAUGCAGGAGACGAUCCGUGCGCUGAGAUGGACGCUGAGCCAGCAGCAACAAAAUGGUAGUGCCUCUGUAAUGAAGGCUGUGCAAGAGACGGCCGAGGCUCAGUCGGAGAAGAUUCGUGAAUUUACGACCAAGUACGAAAACAUGCUGCAGAUCAUGGAAGAGAAGCUGGCAAUCUCAGAGUCCAAGGUGCGACAACUCGAGGAAGAGAAGGAGGCCUUGAGCAUUCACUUGAAGCUCGUGCUGGACGAGCUCAAGAACCCGAUCGUCAUCAACAAGGAAGAAACCGAAACCGAAUCGGUCUACGAGAGGUCGAGGGCGCCGACGCCGGACAUGAUCUAUGAGGAUGACACGGCUUCUAGUGACGAAGUGGACACGGAGUCCGAGGUAGACGACGACGCCGCCGAGAUGCAGGCCGAGAUGGAAGCGCUGAUCUCGGACUUGGGGAUGUUCAAGAAGAAGAUUGCUGCGGACCACGAGAUGUUUGGCAUUGACGUCGCCGCCUGA